GUACCACAUUUAGCUUCGUGCCAUCGUGUGUAUUUUCUUUUCCAAGUCCUCUCCUGCACUUGCACAAAAUCACAAGUUGAUGAGCAUAUGGACAUCCAAAGCUGCGUGAAGGCCUCUCUCCUGGCGCUAGGCCUGCUGUCACUGGCGACGUCGUUGCCGCACCUGUAUUCCUGCCUACGGACCUUCCUCGUGGUGUCCCUGCCUUCCGUCGCCUCGGCCGUCACCGCGCCCAAGUGCCUCUUCGUCUUCUCCAACAUCAUCGUCGUCUUCCUCGUCGGCGAGUGCAAGCUCUCGCACGGCGGCAAGUCACCGGACAUCGGCGACGACGACGUCCUGAACGACCAAAGGCAGGAACAAGAAGAAGAGUUCCACCAAGAGGAGCUGGUGAUGGAGACUGCCUUAGGGGCAUUGGUUGUCACCGGCGCGAGCGAACAAGAAGAGGAAGGCAACAUGGCAGUUGUACAAGAAGAAGAGGGGUCCUUGGUAGUACUGCAAGAAGGUCAUCAUGUAGUGCAGAUGGAUCAAGAUGAGGGGUCAAUAAUGGAGGUAAGAGUCGGGUUCACGCUAGAAGAGGAAGAGGAAAGCAGUGGCCUGCCGGCGGCGGACGAGCUGAACCGGCGAGUGGAGGACUUCAUCGCGAGGUUCAACAUGGAGAGGCAGCUGGAGGCCAGGAUGCUCGUGUGCUGUUGUUGAGUUCAUCACCAGAUAUUUUCUUUCCUUUUCUGUUAGGAUCGACUUUGCCGCGUAUCUCCUGCUCAUCCUUCUCGAUCACACUCUUCGGAGGAAUCUUGAACAAAGCAGCGAGUUAAAAUGACAGACGUUUAGAUCACUUUGUUCCAUUAUUAUUUUCUCCGGUAAUUAUUUAUUUCGAACAUUUUUUUUCCGUGA